UUUCUCUAAAUUUUUGAUCAUUUGUUUUCUUUGAAUUGUAAUGAUUUCUCCUACUAUACUUUCCUUUACACAUUCACAUUAAUUCCCCCCCUAUGCAUAUCAUCAUUUCCUUUCUUUUUUUCCCAUUUUUCUCAAACUCCUCUUUGUAGGAAAUGGACAGAAUUAACUCAAAGCUCUACUUGCAAAAUUGCUACAUAAUGGCUGAAAAUGAAAGACUAAGGAAAAAGGCAGAGUUAUUGAAUCAAGAAAAUCAACAACUUUUAAGUGAACUCAAACAUAGGUUAUCACAAGCUGGUCCUAGCAACAACAACAACAACAGUAAUAACAACAACAAUGGAGGAGGAAAAAACAAUUCAAUUCCUGAUCUCAAUCUCACAAACUGUUCUUCAUCCAAGAAUGCUUCAUCAAAAUCCAAGAAAAAGUGAAAAAAAGAAAAGAAAAAAUCAAGGUGUCCAUCUAGUCAUUGAACUAAUAUUAUGUUACUUUUUUUAAUUUUAUUUUGGGGGGUGUUAAAUAUUAUUAUUAGUAAGGGGGUCAAAAAGUAGGAAGUUAUGGUUGUUGGUGUUUUUUUAGUUAUAUAGGUAAGAGGAAUAUAUGGUUUUUUUUGUCUAUGUUUAAAUAUUUUGUUUUAGUAUGUGGGGUUAGUUCUGUUUGGGAGCUAAGAAGUUGUAAGCAAAUCUAUUAGCUAUAUAUAUAUAAAAGAAAUAU